AUGGUGCAAAAAUCCCGCAACGGAGGCGUUUACCCGGGACCCGCCUCUGAAAAGAAGCUGAAGGUGGGCUUUGUGGGGUUGGACCCGGGAGCCCCGGACUCCAGCCGGGACGGAGCUCUCCUCAUCGCCGGUUCCGAGAGCAGCAAACGGGGCAGCAUCCUCAGCAAACCCCGUUCCGGGGUCUCGGGAAGCGGGAAGCCCCCUAAAAGGAAUGCUUUUUACCGCAAGCUGCAGAAUUUCCUCUACAAUGUUCUGGAGAGACCGCGGGGCUGGGCUUUCAUUUACCACGCAUACGUUUUUCUACUAGUUUUCUCCUGCCUGGUGCUGUCUGUCUUUUCAACCAUUGAUGAGUACCAGAACAGCUCAGAAGGAGCCCUUUACAUCCUGGAAAUUGUCACCAUUGUGGUGUUUGGGGUGGAAUACUUUGUGAGGAUCUGGGCUGCUGGGUGCUGCUGCCGCUACCGGGGCUGGAGGGGAAGGUUAAAAUUUGCCCGCAAGCCUUUCUGUGUCAUUGACAUCAUGGUGUUGAUCGCAUCCAUCGCCGUGCUGGCAGCAGGAUCCCAAGGGAAUGUCUUUGCCACCUCAGCACUCAGGAGCUUGAGAUUCCUGCAGAUCCUGCGGAUGAUCCGUAUGGACCGGCGGGGAGGCACCUGGAAGCUCUUGGGCUCUGUGGUCUAUGCACACAGUAAGGAGCUGAUUACUGCUUGGUAUAUUGGCUUCCUCUGCCUCAUUCUGGCCUCUUUCCUGGUGUACUUGGCCGAGAAAGGAGAAAAUGAGCACUUUGAUACGUACGCAGAUGCACUCUGGUGGGGUCUGAUCACUCUCACCACCAUUGGCUAUGGGGACAAAUACCCCCAGACCUGGAACGGGCGACUGCUGGCAGCGACCUUCACCCUCAUUGGGGUCUCCUUCUUUGCCCUCCCUGCUGGCAUCUUGGGCUCAGGGUUUGCUCUGAAAGUUCAAGAGCAGCAUCGACAAAAACACUUUGAGAAGAGGAGAAACCCGGCAGCAGGCCUGAUUCAGGCAGCUUGGAGAUUUUAUGCCACCAACCUGUCCAGGACAGACCUGCACUCCACCUGGCAGUACUACGAGCGCACGGUCACUGUCCCCAUGUACAGCACGCAAACGCAAACGUACGGUGCCUCCAGACUCAUCCCUCCUCUGAACCAGCUGGAGCUCCUGAGGAACCUGAAGAGCAAAUCAGGACUGACAUUCAGGAAAGAGCAGCAGCCUGAGCCAUCGCCAAGUAAAAGCAAAGCGUGCAGAGAGUCACUAUGCGGAUGCUGCUCAGGAAACUCUAGUCAGAAGGUCAGUUUGAAAGAUCGUGUCUUCUCCAGUCCCCGCGGUGCUGGCACCAAAGGGAAAGGCUCUCCACAGGCUCAGGGCAUCCGGAGAUCCCCCAGUGCUGACCAGAGCAUCGAGGACAGUCCAAGCAAAGUGCCCAAGAGCUGGAGCUUUGGGGACCGCAGCCGAGCUCGCCAAGCUUUCCGCAUCAAGGGAGGAGCCUCCAGGCAGAACUCAGAAGAAGCAAGCCUGCCAGGAGAAGACAUUCCUGAUGAUAACAAAAGCUGCAACUGCGAGUUUGUGACCGAGGAUUUGACGCCGGGGCUGAAAGUCAGCAUCAGGGCAGUGUGCAUUAUGAGAUUUCUGGUCUCCAAGAGGAAGUUUAAGGAGAGCCUUCGGCCCUAUGACGUGAUGGAUGUCAUUGAGCAGUACUCAGCUGGCCACCUGGACAUGCUCUCCCGGAUUAAAAACCUUCAGGCCAGAGUUGACCAGAUCGUUGGGAGAGGAUCUUCCAUGACCGACAAGGAUCGGACCAAAGGGCCGGCGGAGGGGGAGAUGCCUGAAGAUCCCAGCAUGAUGGGCAGGCUUGGAAAAGUUGAGAAACAGGUUCAGUCCAUGGAGAAGAAGCUGGAUUUCCUGGUCAACAUUUACAUGCAGCGGAUGGGCAUCCCACCCACGGAGACAGAGGCUUAUUUUGGGUCCAAGGAACCUGACCCAGCCCCACCCUACCACAGCCCCGAAGACAGCAGGGAGCACAUCGACAAGAACGGCUGCAUCAUCAAGAUCAUCAGGUCCACCAGCUCCAUGGGGCAGAAAAACUUCUCUGCCCCACCACCCAACGCCUGCCCACCUUCCACCUCCUGCCAGCGGCAGAGCCACGGAUCCUCCCCCGUCGGAGACCCCGGAUCCUUGGUCAGGAUCCCACCUCCCCCUUCCCACGAGCGUUCCUUGUCAGCCUACGGCGGGGGGCACCGGGCCAGCUCGGAAUACCUGAGGAAUGAAGACAUUACAACCAAACCCCACGAGAGUGCCAUGAGAGACAGCGACACCUCCAUCUCCAUCCCCUCCGUCGACCACGAGGAACUGGAGCGCUCGUUCAGCGGCUUCAGCAUCUCCCAGUCCAAAGAGAAUUUGGACAUCCUUAACAACGGUUGCUAUGCAGCCGUGGCCAAAAUCAGACCCUACAUUGCAGAGGGGGAAUCAGACACCGAUUCUGACCUCUGCACACCCUGUGGUCCUCCUCCCAGGUCGGCCACGGGUGAAGGACCUUUCAGUGACAUGGGCUGGGCAGCCCCCAGGCAGUGA